AUGUCGAAGUCAAGUCUUCCUCAUUGGAAAGCCACUUUGCUGCAUAGAUCCCCUACUGUCAAUGGCUUCGAUGAAUUCAAAGCUCUCAUUCAGCGUCCUCAAGUUCUCAAUGGUAUUGCUGGAUGUGAGGAACGGUGGGAGUCAGUGCUGUUGUCUUUACUGAUGCAUGGGCUCCACAACGAUGGCAGCCAUCUUGACCAUAACAACAGCUUCUACCAAUUGACUUUGGAUCACUACCGCACUGGUGUCUCAAAGACUCAGUCAAGUCUAAUGCAGGAGAAGAUUGGUAAUUGGCGUUCUCGAACGUUACACACCGAGCGCAUUUUGCAUUGUAUAUUUGACCUGUGCACCGUUCUAGACAGGUUGACAGGUGGAUCUACCAUUGUAUUGCAUCACCCUGGUGCUACGUCUCCAAAUGUGAACAUUGCGCCUCAAACGCUCAAAGCCAACGUAUACAUCAACCCUAAAGUCCUUGAAGAGCACCAUGAGCUCCAUGCAGUGGUGGCUCAGAUCACCCAAAUCUUUCUUUCCGACUAUGCUACUCCACUCACAAAUGCAUUUGCAGACACCCGCACUCGGCACAAGUGGGGUAAUUCAACGAUGGCUCAGACCCCUACAAAGGGAAAGGCCCGAACAGAAGACCCCAUCAUGCCGCUCAUUCCCUGCCCAAUUGUGCCAACCUCUGCGCACUUCAUCUUUCCUGGUUGUCCUGCAGGCUCCUUGGAACGGCUGUUGAGUUCCAGUGAUUAUGUCUUAUCACACGCACCAUCCUUUGACAACGAUACUAUCACAUGGAAGCCGCAUCAAAUUGGUUUGAUGCAAGGUCGAAGGGAUGUGCCCUCUAUCCAGCGUCAUGUAACAACGGCUGCUGUUGGGGUUGGAGGUGUGCGGGUCAAGGGUGUGUGCAAGGGUACUUCAACCGCUAUGACAGAUACUGAUGAUGAGAGCUCAAAGUCAUCGCAGUUGUCACGCACCAUCACUGUCUACUCGACUUCUGGUAGCGAGUCUGACUCCCAAUGCCCUCAUUCACGUACAAGAUACCCCCCCAUAACGCCAAUCUCUGCCCUCCCAUCGAAGGGGAUUUUUUCAUCUACUGUGUCGCCUACUUGGACCCCUCCUCGCUUUAUCAUAGAGCCUCUCUAUGCUGAUAUGUCCGCAAUCACGCCAUUUGGGGAUGCAACAGAGGCAGUGUUGGAGAACCUUGGUUACCCAGACACUUUUCAUAACAUCUGCAUUUCGAUCUGUCAGAACUACCUUGCGAAGCGAUGGGUUACGAUAUUGCAGCAGGACACUAACAUCUCUUUGGACCAUGCCGAUGCCAUUGGACAAGCUAUGUUGAAAGAUCGUAACUCUUUGAACUUGCGCAUCAGCAUUCCCUCAACGGCAUUUCCGACAAGCCGCUCACACAACCCUCGUCGGUUUAUUGCUCGAACACGUGGUCCAUACAUCAAAGUAUCGAAGGAAGCUACCGAUUUGGCUUGCAAAUUCAAGCAGCCUUGUCGCCAUUACCUGGAGCGUUUCACCCUUGGUUCUGUAGUUCACCACCGCAAGCGCAACAAAACCAGUGCAUGGCAUGCAUUUAUGCAUUUCCAGGGCAUCAGAACCAAUGCCAACAAAGACAUGCACGAGAAGUCCAACAUUGCGGAUUUCGUCAAGGAAGCUACUGAGUACCAUCAGCUCACCGCUGAGCAAAGGACCAAGCUUAUUUUGAACUUCGAUGAAGUCAAGAAGGGUGCUCAAGAUCGCCCACCAAAUAUAACCGCUCGUUCUCGUGCUGCCGAAUGUGCUCGUAGCUUCCAGUACGUGAAAGAAGAGUUGUACUUACGCAAGGAUGUCGCCCAAUUAGCGACAGAUUUCGAGAGUACCAUUCUAGCCAAUGGCCUUGUUUUAAACUCGGCCACUAAUCAUCGGGAGCAUGUCGCGAAUGCCAAGGCUGCUAUCAGAACAGGUCUCCACUUGUCACUAUGCAAAGUCACAAACAAUCCAUCUGCCUCAAUGGAGUUCACGAAGUACGAGAAGCUCGUUUCUACCUACUUCGUCAAGCUUGUGGGGUGGAACCACCCCCAAUGGGCAAACCCUUCGGACUUAAAGGGUGGUAUUGACAGCCUUGAAAGUGUGGUUGAGGCAAUCAGACUUCACCAUUGCCAUUUUGUGGUGAUUGACCAAGAAGAAGUUAAAGAGCGUGCACGGCGCAUAAAAAAUGGGGAGACAUUAACUCCCGAGCUCGAGCCACCUGUACCGCUUGAGCCACCUCCUUCUAAUACUGUAGCUCUCCCUACUCCUGCUCAUACACCCCCCCAUGUCACGACAGCUGAUAUAUCAUACCCUGUCCCUGAUGUUAAUGAUAUGGUGGACACAGAGCUUCGUGCUCUUGAUCAGGUCAUGCUGACGUGCCCUGGUUCAUUAGCGCUCCACUCAGACACUCAAACUGCCCUGGAAACGAACUCAUCACAGGCGCACACUAUUACUCCCAUGCUUACACCCCUUAUUGAUGAGGUCACUCCUGCAUUGACCCUCGGGAAGCGAACUGCCGCUGAUUCCCAAAUGCUCUCAAAAGCUCACAGAGAAAGCUCAGUUGGAGCUGGAGUUGAGGAAUGA